GUGGGCCAGGCAGCUGCAGCACAUUCCAAAUAUUGCUCUAUUUAAAGCAUCCCAGGGCUCUCAGAGCAGCUGCAGAGGCAAACCUUAACUGCCAUUAAACCAGCAGAGGGGAAUGGCAGAACCAGCCCAGGCCCCGCUGUCCCGCCUGCUUGUCCCCGUGCUGCUGGCGCUGGGCUGGAUCCUGGGCUGUGCCCUCAUGGUGUACAUUGUCUUCUCCUGACCUGGGAGGGAUGGCAGUGCCACGCAGAGCCCUGCAGGGACAGCGGUGCCACGCAGAGCCCUGCGGUGAGAAGAACCUACAAUGAAGUUGUUCAGAAGAACUCAGAAGUUCAGUUUAGGUUUUUAAUUACUAAAAUACGUAUAAAAUUAGUUAUUUUUAAUAUCA